AUGGAAGAAGGUAAUUCACCCGCUUUUCGCCCAUGUUUAUUGAUUUCGUUUCAUUCUUUCUCCAUCGACGAGAGCAAGCUCUACGAUCUGUUCAGCCACGUUGCGCCUGUUGCCUCCGUCAGGAUUUGCAGAGAUGUGACGCGCCGAUCGUCGCUCGGAUAUGCCUACGUCAAUUUCAAUUCUCCGAUCGACGGUGAUCCUUCUAAUGCAAAAGAUGCUUUGAAUUUCACUCAUGUCAAUGGAAAGCCAAUCCGGAUCAUGUUCUCUCACAGAGAUCCUAGCCUCCGAAAAAGUGGAUAUGCUAAUCUCUUCAUCAAGAAUCUGGAUCAAGCAAUCGACACAAAGGCGCUCUUCGAGACCUUUUCUGCCUUCGGAACUGUGCUCUCUUGCAAGAUCGCAGUCGAUCACAACGAGAACUCGAUGGGCUAUGGCUUCGUGCGGUUCGACAAGGAGGAAGCCGCACAAAACGUUAACUUCACGGACAUGAAGCGAGUGGAUCUGAUCAAGGAGAUCGCGGCGGAGUUCGAGCUGAUCGCGAACCGGCUGUCGGAGACGGAGGUGGCGACAGUGGCGUCGGUGGUGGAGCUGGAGCCGCAGCAUCUGGCGGAGAUCGUGAAGCGCGCGCAGAAGCUGACCGGGCCGAAGAAUGUGAAGCUGAAGACGGUGAUCGACAAGUCGCUGCUCGUCGGAAUCAUCAUCCGGUAUGGGAAUUCCGGCUCGAAAUUGAGUUUAAUUACUCUUAGGUUGCUGAAUGUUGUAUGUGAAUUCAAGAAUUAUUGA